CUUAUCUUCUCCGCUCACCUCCGUCACGUCCUCGUCCUCCUCGCAAUGUUGCCCAUAUUUAAGAAGGCCUACUGGUCUUUGGCCGCCGCUGGUCUGAUCUAUGUGCUUUUUGUUUGCUCAUUGACAUUUCCAGAAGUGCAGCGUUUCGUCUUGUAUGCCAACAAGAUCAACCCUGCUUUCUGGCAAGAUGUCAACGAAGUCGAACAAUUUGGCUUUCUGAAGACACAAAUACAACCCUUUGAAUUACUGACCCCGGACAAUGAGACAAUCUACGGGUGGCACUUGAUGCCCUUACAUCUCUGCCUUGAGCAUGAGAUGGAGUUGAUGGAAAAUCCUCCAUCGGGCCCUGCAGACGACUAUACCACUACACCUGCAUACAAACUCCUCGCAAAUGACCCCAAUGCGCGAGUUGUCGUAAGCUUCCAUGGAAAUGCAGCACACCUGGGCUCUGCUCAGCGUCCGCAUAAUUACCACACCGUGCUUAGCCUGUCAACCCCGGAUAACCCCGUCCACGUCUUCGCAAUUGACUAUCGUGGCUUCGGUGUCAGCACGGGCAGUCCCACAGAAGAAGGCGUCAUCACGGAUGGCAUGUCCCUGCUGAACUUCCUGACAGCAGGCCCCCUGGAGAUCCCAACCUCUCGCAUCGUCCUCAUGGGCCAAAGCCUCGGAACUGCCGUGACAACGGCUGUAGCAGAGCGCUUUGCUUUUGGAUCUUCUAACCCACAAUCCCUGCAGCCAGCUAUCAAGAAUGCGGCGCCUUUCGCUGGAGUUAUCUUACUGGCGCCAUUCAGCAGCUUGUCUAAUGUCAUCCAAUCCUACAGCUUGAAAGGCUUAACGCCUCCUAUGCUCUCCCCACUAAUGGGAUAUCCCCGCUUCCAGAAGUGGCUGCUGAGCCACAUCGUGGACCAUUGGGAUACAGCAGGCAGAGUCGCGCGUCUUACCGGCGUUGCUGAAAUUGGGUCCAUGGCCAAUGAAGCGAAAUAUGCAGACCAAGACUUCGAUCUGACGAUUGUUCAUGCUUUUGAUGACGUUGAGAUCCCUUGGUACGAGGGACGCACCGUUUGGAAAGCCGCUACUGGCGAAGACAACCCUCUUUCCCCAGGAAACCUGGUACAUCAGCAAGCCGAGGAUGGAAACCCCAUCCAGCUCAAGAUUUGGAAGAAUGAAAUUCGCCAAGAGGAUGGCACUGCGGUAGUCAAGACCGUUCGGUGGGAGAGGGUGCGACACGGUGGUCAUAACCGCGUUGCAUCCGGCUCGGUCGCGGGUCUUGCGGUCAUGAGAGCCUUUGAAAAGGCAGCUAGGUCGCCAGGUCGCCGACUUGUUGGGUCCACAACCCCAGUAUAA